UGCAGGGCUGAGGGGACGCUCUAGGGGCAGGAGUAGGGCAGUGGCCCCCCUGGCAGAAGCCGGGGUGUAGGCACUGCGUGCAGCGGGCGAGGCAGCGAGGGGACCGUCACCCGGGGCGCGGUGUAUUUUGGGGGGCCAGCGUGUGUCGGGCAGCGAGUGGGGAAUGGCUGGCAGAAGCCGCCGCUCCUGGCUCAGCGUGUUGCUAGGACUCAUCCUGGGCUUCAUCCUGGCGUCAAGACUCAUCCUGCCCCGCGCCUCGGAGCUGAAGAAAGCGGGACACCGGCGGAAGGCGAGCCCGGAGGGCUGCCGGCUGCAGCAGGGCGGGGGGCUGCUGCGCAGGGACUCCCGGGGGACGCUGCUCUGGCCCCAGGACCCCGCAGAGCGCCAGGACGACAUCCCGCCGGCCAGCAACUUCCUCUUCGUGGGGGUCAUGACAGCCCAGAAAUACCUGCAGAGCCGGGCGGUGGCUGCCUACAGAACCUGGUCCAAAACCAUUCCUGGCAAGGUUGAAUUCUUCUCCAGUGAGGGUUCGGACACCUCUCUUCCAAUCCCAAUAGUGCCACUACAAGGCGUGGAUGACUCCUACCCACCUCAGAAGAAAUCCUUUAUGAUGCUCAAGUACAUGCAUGACCACUACUUGGACAAUUAUGAAUGGUUUAUGAGAGCAGAUGAUGAUGUUUACAUUAAGGGGGACAGAUUGGAGAGCUUCCUUAGGAGUUUGAACAGCAGUGAACCCCUCUUCCUUGGACAGACUGGGCUUGGCACCACCGAAGAGAUGGGGAAACUGGCCUUGGAACCUGGCGAGAACUUCUGCAUGGGAGGACCUGGAGUGAUCAUGAGCCGGGAGGUGCUGCGCAGAAUGGUGCCUCACAUUGGAGAGUGCUUGCGAGAGAUGUACACCACUCAUGAGGAUGUGGAAGUGGGAAGAUGUGUGCGGAGAUUUGCAGGAGUGCAGUGUGUCUGGUCUUAUGAGAUGCAGCAGCUGUUUUAUGAAAAUUAUGAGCAGAACAAAAAAGGCUACAUCAAAGACCUUAGAAAUAGCAAGAUACACCGAGCUAUAACACUGCAUCCCAACAAGAACCCACCAUACCAGUAUAGACUUCAUAGUUACAUGCUGAGUCGCAAAAUCGCAGAACUGCGUUACCGGACUAUACAGCUGCACAGAGAAAUCGUCCUGAUGAGCAAAUACAGCAAUGCAGAAAUACAUAAAGAUGAUCUUCAGCUGGGAAUACCACCUUCUUUUAUGAGGUUCCAGCCACACCAGCGUGAGGAGGUCUUGGAAUGGGAGUUCCUUACGGGAAAGUAUCUCUAUUCUGCAGCUGAUGGACAGCCCCCUCGGAGAGGGAUGGAUUCAUCUCAGCGUGAAGCAUUGGAUGACAUUGUUAUGCAGGUCAUGGAAAUGAUCAAUGCCAAUGCUAAGACCAGAGGGCGGAUCAUUGAUUUCAAGGAGAUACAAUAUGGCUAUCGCAGAAUUAAUCCUAUGUAUGGAGCGGAAUAUGUUCUUGACUUACUGCUUCUAUACAAAAAACACAAGGGAAAGAAGAUGACUGUGCCUGUCAGAAGGCAUGCUUACCUACAGCAGACAUUCAGCAAGAUCCAGUUUAUGGAGCAUGAAGAGAUAGAUGCCAAAGAGCUGGCCAGCAAAAUUAACCAAGAUUCUGGAUCCUUGUCUUUCCUGUCCAAUUCACUGAAGAUGUUUGUUCCAUUCCAGCUCACUGGAUCAAAAGCAGAGCGGAAGGAGCCCAAAGACCAGAAGAUCAACAUCUUGAUUCCUCUGUCUGGACGCUUUGAUAUGUUUGCUAGGUUCAUGGGGAAUUUUGAGAAAACUUGCCUCAUUCCCAGUCAGAACGUCAAGCUGGUCGUCCUGCUUUUCAAUUCUGACUCAAACCCUGAUAAGGCAAAGCAAGUUGAAUUGAUGAGAGAUUACCGUAUUAAGUACCCCAAGGCUGAUAUGCAGAUCUUGCCAGUGUCUGGGGAAUUCUCAAGAGCUCUGGCUCUUGAAGUUGGAUCUUCUCAGUUUAAAAAUGAGUCUUUGCUCUUCUUCUGUGACGUUGACCUAGUGUUUACCACAGAGUUUCUCCAGCGAUGUAGAGCCAAUACAGUUUUGGGCCAACAAAUAUACUUUCCAGUCAUCUUUAGUCAGUAUGAUCCAAAGAUAGUUUAUAGUGGAAAAGUUCCCAGUGACAAUCAUUUUGCCUUCACCCAGAAAACAGGUUUCUGGAGGAACUAUGGCUUUGGCAUUACUUGUAUUUACAAAGGUGAUCUCCUUAGAGCAGGUGGCUUUGAUGUCUCUAUCCAGGGUUGGGGCCUUGAGGACGUGGACCUAUUUAACAAAGUCAUUCAAGCUGGCUUAAAGACUUUCCGAAGCCAAGAAAUCGGAGUUGUUCAUGUACAUCAUCCAGUCUUUUGUGACCCCAAUCUUGAUCCGAAACAAUAUAAAAUGUGCUUGGGGUCCAAAGCUUCAACGUAUGGAUCCACACAACAGUUGGCUGAACUAUGGCUUGAAAAAAAUGACCCUAGCUUUGGGAAAAGCAGCAAUACUAAUGGCUCAGUGAGGACAGCCUAAUGUCCAGCUAUGCUGGAGAAGACUUUUUUUAAUUAUCUAAUUUAUUUUUGGAAAAUGUUUUGAUAGUUCAUUUUUAAAGACCACACAAGGAUAUAUUUUAGAAAUCGUGUUUUCUUACCAAGAACUCUUUUGAGAAUGAGCUUUUUUGAACAAAACUGUGAUUGAUAUUUGCCUUUGAACAAAAAAUUUUGGCUGAGUAUUAUCUGGCAGAUCUGCAUAAUUCUGAUGACUUGAAAUAAGGUUUCCAUAUGAACAAAGGACCUCCUUUUUUUUUCUUUUCCUUUUUUU